AUAGGAAGCGGCCCCGGGAGCAGUUCAAAUCCGGGCAGCGGUUGUGGCGCUGCCUCCUCAGUGUGCGGGGCGCAGCGCGGGGGGCUGCGGGUCUCCGUCCGAGCGGCGCGUACCCACGAGAACGGCCUCUUGCACUGCGACCGUGGGGAUGGCGGACGAGGGGGCCGUGACGGUCUGCGUGCGAGUACGGCCGCUCAUCGCCAGGGAAAGCGCUCUAGAAGACAAAGCAUCGCUUUACUGGAAGAGUGAGGGCAAUACUGUUUCGGAAGUGAAUGGUACAAAAGUCUUCAACUAUGAUCGCGUCUUUCACUCUUGUGACAACACUCAGCAAGUAUAUGAAGCCGUAGCUGUGCCAAUUAUACAAUCAGCCAUUCAAGGUUACAAUGGGACAAUCUUUGCCUAUGGACAAACUGCCUCAGGGAAGACGUACACAAUGAUGGGAAACGACGAUUCCCUGGGCAUUAUUCCUAAGGCAGUUCAACACGUCUUCAAAAUUAUUUGCGAGAUUCCAGAUAGAGAAUUUUUAUUAAGAGUUUCUUACAUGGAAAUCUACAAUGAAACCAUCACAGAUUUGCUUUGCAACAUAAGGAAAAAAAAGCCUCUAGGAAUUCGUGAGGAUUUUAAUAGAAAUACAUAUGUUGAAGACCUGAUUGAAGAAGUGGUUGUUUCUCCAGAGCAAGUUAUGGAGUGGAUCAGAAAAGGAGAAAAAAAUCGCCACUAUGGAGAAACAAAAAUGAAUGAACGUAGCAGCCGUUCUCAUACCAUCUUCAGAAUGAUAAUUGAAAGCAGAGAACGGAGUGACCCUGCAAAUGCAAACUGCGAUGGAGCAGUGAUGGUGUCCCAUUUGAAUUUGGUAGAUCUGGCAGGUAGUGAAAGAGCAAGUCAAACAGGAUCUGAGGGUGUCCGACUGAAGGAGGGCUGCAAUAUAAACCGGAGCUUGUUCAUUCUGGGUCAAGUUAUCAAAAAACUCUGUGAUGACCCAUCUGGUUUCAUAAAUUACAGAGACUGCAAGCUGACUCGAAUUUUGCAGAACUCCCUAGGAGGAAAUGCAAAGACGGUUAUCAUUUGCACAAUAACUCCUGUUUCUUUUGAUGAGACACUCAGCACCCUCCAGUUUGCCAACACAGCUAAAAGAAUGAAGAACACUCCAAAAGUCAACGAAGUGCUUGACGAUGAUGCCUUGCUGAAGAGAUAUCGCAAAGAAAUUCUAGAUUUGAAGAAGCAACUGGAGGAAGUGUCUAUGAAGACUCAGAUUCAUGCAAUGGAAAAAGAUCAGCUGGCCCACCUGUUGGAAGAGAAGAAUUCACUUCAAAAAAUGCAGGAGGACAGAAUACGAAACUUAACUGAGAUGCUGGUGACUUCUGCCUCAUUCUCGUCAAAACAGAAUGCUAAAGCCAAGAGAAAAAGGAGAGUUACAUGGGCUCCUGGUAAAAUAAACCAGGAAAAUGCGGACUAUUUUGAAAAUUUUGAAAAAACAAUGUUAACCACAACAAAAAAAAUGAAAAUAUCUCUGUCAUCGCUACCAGAGGCGGAGGAUUCUAUGUUAGUGGAGGGUUCUGAACGUGACAGCCAAUAUUUUAAUGGUACUGAUCAAAUUCAAGAAACAGAAUGGAUUGACGGACCUAACAUGAAUUGGACUCAGAGAGACUUUGAAGAAUCUGUGCAACUCUGUGAAGUUUUAGCCAUAGAAAAGGAUAUUGCUGUAAAUGAGAUCAAUGUUUUGCAAGAUAACUUCAAUAAGUUAGUAUUAGAAAAUGAACAGUUGAAAUCAGAAAUAAAUGAAAUGAAGGAGAAACUGAAGGAAAAGGUAGAAGUGGAUGAAUUUGAAGCACUGGAAAAACAAGCACAAAGAGAUCAUGAGAUGCAACUAAUGCAUGAAAUUACCAACCUAAAGAACCUGGUUUCAAAAGCUGAAGCUUACAAUGAAGAACUUGAGGCAGAAAUAAAGUCCAAACUGGAACAACUAAAAGAGGAAGAGAACAAAAUAAAGGUGUUACAAAAUCGCGUGGAAGAACUACAGAAAGUGGAAGUGGAAAAAAAGGACACAUCACUUUCAGUGGGAGAUUCUGAUAAACUAAUUGAGGAAAUUCAACAGCUGAAUAAAUCCCUCUUAGACAGUGAAACCGUAGCCUUGGAUGCCAAGAAGGAAUCUGCUUUUCUCAGAACAGAAAAUUUGGAAUUGAGGGAGAGGAUGAAUGAACUCUUAAAUAAUCAUAAACAAAUGCAAAACGAUGUGGAACUUUAUCAAAGACAAAUAGAAGCAGGAAAGGCCAGCUACAAAAAAAUGCAAGCUGACUUGCAGAAAGAGUUGCAGUCUGUAUUUCAAGAAAACACGAGGCUACAUUCACUGAUGGAGGGUAAAGUUCCAAAAGACUUGGUUUCUCUUCUGGACCUGGAAAAAAAGGCAUCUGACUUAAAAGCAGAACUAGAAAAAGCAUUGGAGGAGAAUGUACUCCUACAGAAAAAAGUAAAUGAGCUAUCGGAACUUCAGGCUCUACCAAAUACUGUUGAGAUACAGCAGAGAGAGAUUCUUGAAAAAAAUGAGGAGUUAAACUUACUAAAAAUGGAAAGAGAAAAACUGCUCUCUGCAGCAGCUGAUAAUGAAGUUAAACUUAACUCUGUGACUGAGGAAAUAGAAAAAUCAAAAAAAGAGCUAACAGAUGCACAGCUUAAAUAUGUAAACUCUAAUCAGGAAUAUGUAGCUCUUAAACAGCUCCAUGAAGAACUAGAACAAAAGUACCUUGCUGUGUCAGAAAACUGUGAACAAAUGAAGUUCCAAAUAGAACGUUUGUCUAAAGAUGCAGAAGAUUCUAAAACAGCUUUGGAUCAUGUGAAAUUAGAGCUCUCUAAUAAAAUGAAAGAAUUGGAAGAAAAGACAGCAGAGCACAAACAUCAUCUUCAAAUAAAAGAAGAGCUUGCUCAGGCUCACCACAAGCUAAAUGAAAUGGAACAAUUAAAAGAGCAAGAAAAGGUUAUGGAAGCAAGAUUGGAGACUAAGGAUUCAGAGAUCCAGGCAGUUCUUCAGCAGCUUAGUGGAUGCAGGGAAGAAAUAAAAACUCUCACUCAGGAAAGAGAUCAACUGAAACAAAAAGAGGAAUCUCUCCAAGCUGAGACAGACCAGCUCAAAGAAGACAUAAAGGACACUGUUUCAAUGAACAUUUUAGCACAUGAAGAACUGAGAAAUGCACAGAGUUCUCUCCAGAAAUCCCAGGAAACUGUUAAGAAGCUGGAGAAAAUUAUUUCUGAAAAAGAGACUCAGAUUCUGAGUGUUGAGGAGACACACGAGAAAACUAUUAAUGAACUUAAAAUACAGUUAUCACAGAUGACAGAAGAAAUUAAAAGCAUCACAUCAGAAAGAGACUGGCUUGCUGCAGAAAAUAAAAGCCAUGGAGAAAGUGACCAGCUUCAGGUGCUGAAGGAAGAAAUAUUUUCCCUUACACAAGAGAAGAAUUCAUUACAGGAAAAGCUGGACAGUUUACAUCUAAAAAAAGAAGAGCAUGGAGAAGGAACUCUGGAAUCAGUGAUUGGAGAAAAAUCUGUUGAGCAGGAAUUACUUCAUCUAAGAGAGGAGCUGAGCCAGACAAAAAAGAAACUGCAUGAAAUGGAGGAAAGAAAGGCAAGUGAAUUUAACAGGGAAUCUGAAGAAGUGGAACAGACAGAUCUUAUUGCAAAAUUGAAUGACUGUCAAGAAAUGAGCUCUAUGACAGAAAGAGAUGAUGAUUUCAAAAUGCAACUGGAGAAUCUCCAAAAUGAGAGAGACCAUUUGAGAAACACUCUACAGGAAGCAAUUAGCAUGAAUUCAGAGGUGCAGGAAGAACUGAGAUGUGCUCAAAACUCCAUCAGACAACAUCAAGAGACCAUUGUGGAACUGAAAGAAAGUAUUUCAGAGAAAGAAAGUCAACUCUUGAAAGCGCAAGAGGCACUGAAGGAAGCAACCGAACUGGAGAAGAAGCUCACUGAAGUAACUGAAAACCUGACUCAUGUCUCUUCUGAGUAUGGCAAACUACUGGCAGAAAAAGAACAAACAGAAAGAAUAAUGAAGGAGGACAUUUCUCAGCAGCUUGAGAAAAUAGCUUUACUUAAUGUGGAGAAAGAUGAGCUACAGCAAAUGCUAGAGGUCUCUAAAACAGAAAAAGACCAGUUGAAGGCUGAUUGCAAGGAAAGCAAAGAGAAAUUGGUAGAAGUUCUGACAGAAAUGGAGAGUCUGCAGGAAGAACUAAAGCAUCAGAAAGAGCAAGCUGAUAUUCAGAAAAAUAUGCUAGCGGAAGGAGAAGAGAAACUACAAAGCACUGAAGAAAAGUUAACUGAGGAAAUAAACAAACUGAAAGAAAAGAUCGACAAGUUGAACGAGGACUUAAAUUUGGUAACUAAAGAAAGGCAACAGAUUCUGGAAGAACUAAAAGAAAAGACAGAGAAUGAAAACAGUAAACUUCAAGAGCUGGGGAAACAAUGUGAUUUUUUAGCACAGGAGAGAGAUCAGUUCCAAGAAAUGCUGGAAUGUAUUCAAGCAGAGAAGAACAAACUGGAAGUUAACUUACAAGAGAGUAUUAAUAAGAUUCUUGAAACUGAAAAGGAGUUGAAAUGUCAUCAAGAACUCCUCAGCAAUGAGAAAAUGAAAGCUGAAGAACAGGAAGAACAUCUGUUAAAGGUUCAGAGGAAGUCGGAGAUUUUGCAGGACAGCCUAACAAAUAAGAUUCAACAGUUAACUGAGACACUAAAUAGGAUAUCAAGUGAAAAAGACCUGUUAUUGGCUGAAAGAGAUAAUCAUUCUUUCCAACUUAAAGAACAAAUCUCAUCAAUUAAUCAAGAAAAAGAUGAGCUACACAAACUUCUCCAGGAGAUCAGUUCUGAGCGCAACCAACUCAAGAUGGAACUGCAAAAACGUUCUGAGAUGUGUACUGAAACAAAUGGAAAACUGGAAUGUGCUCUGAACAAACUGAAGCAGAGAGACCUGAAUGAUACGUCUGUUCAAGUGAACUUACUGGAUAAUGCAGAGAAGGUGGAUGAUGAGAGUUUGGUGGCAAAAAGCAUGAAAAUUAAGGAGCUUCUUGAAAUAUUCCCAGAUAUAAGGAAGAGGUAUGACUGUUUCUCUACAAUGUCUCUCAAUCUAAAAGCUGAACUGGAUAGUCAGAAAGCAGUGAUAGCUGGAAUACUGACUCAGCUUUCAUCGGAACAGAGUAAAGAAGUCAAUCGACUGCGAAUGGAAAAUGAGAGCAUUAACAGUCAUCUCCAGAGUUUAUUGAACAAACUGAAGUUUUUGUUCACUCGUAUUUGCUCAAAGAAGAAGGAUUAUCAUGCUACUGUUAAUAAGUAUGUAAUGGAACUAUAUGAGGAAAAGAGAAAUCAACAUCAGCUACAAGUUCAAAUUCAGUGUCUGAAAAAGUUUCAUUUAAAUCAGAACGAAAUAUCCUCUCAAGAGUUAAAUGUAGAAGUGUGGCAGACUUUGCAUUUGAACACACAGAACAUCCUCAAAGAUAUAUCAGAAAUGGAGAGUGAACUUCUCAGCAUAGAGGCAGAGUUGCAGCAAGAAGCAAGUAAUAGAAAGGAAACCUCACAAUUCUGGGAAAAUUGUUCAGUACACCACUGUGAUACAGAAGAACUUAAAGAAGAGUUAAAGAAGGAUAAUGAAAGGCUUUUACAAGUCGUUAAUUUCUGGACCCCAAAAGGAAAGAUACUCUUUCAACUUUCUUCAGAGUUGGAUGACCGAACUUUGACAUACUGUAAGAAUGCUGAUGUUGAAUGUAAACAGCAAAAAGAGAAAUCUGAGGAGUUGCUUCGGGAUCUGAAGACUCUGAAAGAACAGCUGGGCCCUGGUGGCUCUGCUCAUCUUCUGUUAGAAGAAGAAAAUUGCAAACUUCACACUGAACUGAAGGCUGCAAAACAAGAUAUAAAGGCAAUGGAAGUAAAACUCCAAAAGUUGGAAAAUUCAGUAAAUGAAGCAGGACAAAAUCUCAGAGAGAAAGAUGACAAGAUAAACAAGUUACAAGCACAGAUAAGGACAACAACAGCUUCAAGUGAGCUUACCCAGCUGCAAGCGAAACUGAAUGAGACAGAAAAGUGCCUCAGAACUUCCCUAACAGAGAAUCAGAUUCUUCAGGCAAAAUUAGAUAAAGGUGCUGAGUUAUACAAAGAAGAAAUUGAUCAGCUCAAAACACAACUAGUAAAAUGUGAUAUGGAAAGAAUGAAGCAAUCAAACUCUUUCGAUAUGAAACUUGCGAAUUAUAAAGCUCUUGCAGAACACCAAGAAGAACAGUUAAGAAAGCUAAAAGAAGAACUUAGAAGAGCGCAACAGGAGCAAGAUGUUACUGUAGUGUGUGAAAAAGAAGCUCCUCAGCAAUCCCAAAUGUCCAUGCCCAUUACUUGUGGUGGUGGCAGUGGUAUUGUGCAGAGCACACAAAUACUUGUUUUAAAAUCUGAACAAGUUAAGCUGCAAAAAGAAAACUUGCACCUGAAGAAACAAAAUGAUAUUCUACUAAGUAAUGAGCAUCAACUGAAAGAGGAACUCAGAAAAUGGAAAGAAAGAGCACUAAAACUGAGAGAACGAUUCUCAAGAGAUUCUACUCAAGAGGCAGUACCAAGGUCUCCAAGGAAGACAGUGUCAAGUUCCCUUAAGGAGCCAGCUUCACCCGCCAAGCAAUCUGUAUCUCAGGAAACUGCGACUCAGUACACACCAAAGCCUCUGCCACUGAUGUGUCCAACAAACUUCUUUGAUAAUUCCAACUUAGGUACACUAAUAGAUACACAACCUGCAGGAAUAGAGACCACGGAAGGCCAUCUUAAGAAGUGGUUUGAAACUUCAGAGAAAGAUAAAGCCCCUGAUUGUAAUACCCAAUAGAGGUGUUCUGUUGUAAGCUGUCAUUACAGUGGCUACAGACAGAAACUAGCGACACGGAAAAUGGUUGCUCCAGGCUGAAAGCCAUCUAUUGUGAGAAGAGCUCUGGUGGCAUGCCAGUCCCUUGUGUUGGAACUACUACUUUCCAGAAGCGGAAAAGCUUUAAUACAAGAACAAAAAUGGAAAAGUAGACAUGUUACCUGCAACCUGUUGAUGACGUUCUCCCUUGGUUGCUUUUGUUUUGUGUUGCAAAGUAAAACUAAUGUACUGAAGAGAAACGGACACAAGAAUGGGUCACAGACUGAUCUACUGUGAAACUUCUUGAUCUUAAACUUCUGUGGCAUUCCUGUAACAGCCCUCUUCUGGGUGCUUUGUAUCUACUCAUUAGUUAAUUCUGUUUAUUGACAGAUGGUUUUUAUACUAUGAGUUGGUUUUGGUUUUGUUUUUUUUUUCCCUAAGACCACAUUUCCACUGCAAUUUUAACCUCUUUAUUUGGAUAGUGCAACUAAAUUUAUUAGUUGUCUGCUUGUAGGGUUUCUCUUAAAUUCUUGAAAAUAUUUCUGCAGAUCAAUAAACUAUGGUGCAAAAAUAA